CACCUCUCGCGACUUCGAGAGUUCGCAUCAUCCACAAGGGUGGAAGGAACACAUCACUCCCCUGCACCCUACUCUCUACCCACCUCGCCGGAGGAGAACCGAAGCCGCCGCUCGCCCCCGUGAAAUGGACACCGUGGGCGCCCGGCUGAGCCGCUCCUCCACGCGCUAUGGCCCCGUCGGCAGCAGCAACGCCUCCUUCAGCGGGCCCGUCAGGAAGUGGCGCAAGGCGUGGGCCCCUCUCGCCGGCGGCGGCGCGGGGUCCGCCUCCGCCGGUAUGGGUCCCAUUGGGUGCCCCAGGGGUAACAAGGUGGUGCUGCUCAAGUGGGCGCCAGUGAGCGGCGCUGGCGACGGCAACGGCAAGGAGGUCGCCGCGACGGCCACCCGACGGCGCUACGUUCCGGUUUCGGGUGUGCCACAGAACCCUACCAGAAAAGGCGGCAGCACCGAGCUGAACCUGAACCUUGGUUUGGAGGAUCCGGAUGAUGACAGUGACGCUGAUUUGAGCCCAGACGAACAGCAGGACACGGGCAGCACCCCGCGUUCGGAGAACCGACUGAAGAGGAAAGUGUUUUAACCGUGAACCUAAGCAGCAGCAGCUUCCGUGUUCUGCGCCAUCUCUGCGAUGCGAGGUCCCUGGAGUAGCCAUAUUAUUAGUGUGUAGCUUGUAUCUGCCAUCUUCCCAUGUUUCAGUAGAUGAAUUAAUUGGGAGGUUUAUCGCCUUUGUUCUUGUUGUAUUAAUGUCAUGAACUUGUGAGGAAACUGGUAGUGUACCAGCAUGUUCUACGGAAUCCUUUUCAGUGGCCAACACAAAACAGGACCCACAGUUUUUUUUUGUUCCUUUUUCUUUUAUUGAGAUUAACCUACAUUUUUUUA